GUAUCAUUUUAUUUUCAAACUUCAUACUAGCCUCGCGCACUUCCCGUUAGUAGAACUAUGCCAAAACUACAUGAUUCACUUGUAGUUAUGUUUAGUUAAAGGGAGAUUUUAUUAUGUGGUUGCAUACCCUAUAGUACUUUUAUUUUUUACUGAAGGACCACUGUUUGAGAAGAACAUUCCACCAGAUUUUACUUGAGUUGGAACACUUUGAGGUGUAUUAGGCCUAUCACCAGGAACCCUCCCAGUUUGCGGCCGUGAGAGUGAAGCAGGCAGCAUGAGUGCUCAGGUCUCGGUGAAAGCGCUGGACGGAGGUUGGGGCUGGGUCAUCAUCAUGGCCUCCUUCAUGGCCCAGUUCCUGGCCUAUGGCUCACCCCAGUCUGUGGGCGUCCUCUACCCAGAGUGGCUCAGUGCCUUCCAGGAGGGAAAAGGCAUGACUGCCUGGGUCGGCUCCCUGGUCUCUGGAGUGGGACUAAUAGCCAGUCCUGUCUGCAGUGCCUGUGUGGACAACUUUGGUGCUCGCCCUGUGACCAUCUUCAGUGGCGUGAUGGUGGCAGGCGGUCUAAUGCUCAGUGCCUUUGCCCCCAAUGUCCAGUUCCUCAUCUUCUCUUACGGGAUUGUUGUCGGCCUUGGCUGCGGUCUUGUCUAUGCUGCCACGUUGACCAUCACCUGUCAGUACUUUGACAAGAGACGAGGCCUUGCCCUUGGCAUUGUCACCACAGGCACCAGUGUGGGAGGGUUCCUCUAUGCCACCGCUCAGAAUGAGCUGAUCGUGCUGUUUGGCCUUGACGGCUGCCUGCUCAUCAUCGGAGCCCUGGCUCUCAACCUGAUGGCCUGCGCGGGCUUCAUGCGACCUCUGAACCUGCCAGGUUACUACCUGAAACGGAAGGCUGCCCUGGAGCGAAACACCGAAGAGCAGAUCUUUGAGAAACCUCCAGUGGAGGACCUGAAGAUCACACCGAGCUCCACGGAGAAAAACGAGGUGGUCAAAGAAUUUCUCAUCACCAUCGAUGCCAAAGACCUCACCCCGGCGCCCUCCGCGGAGAAGAAAGGGAGCUUUCUGUGUGGCUCGACCAUCGUGAGAGUCAUCAAGGAGAAGCGGCAUGCGUACAGCAAGUACAUGCAUUCCACUGCCGAGUUCCUGCACGACCGGGCCUUCGUGGCCCUGUGCGUCGCUCUCUUCCUCUUCAGCCUGGGUGCCUUUCCUCCAGUUCUCUUCAUGGAGGACGUUGCCCAGAGCGAAGGCCUCAUCGACGAGGUCGCCAUCAUUCCCCUGGUUUCCAUAGUAGCCAUCACCACCGGCGUGGGAAAGCUUGCACUGGGUGCUCUGGCUGACGUGAGGUGGAUAAACAGCCUGUACUUGUAUGCCUUCACUCUGCUGGGCACCGGGAGUGCUCUGCUCCUCAUCCCCCUCUGUAAGAGCUACUUGGGCCUGCAGAUCCUCUCCGCUGUGGUGGGCUUCUUCUCUGGGAACUGGUCUCUCACGUCGUACAUCACCACCAAGAUUGUGGGCAUGGACAGGCUGACACAAGCCCAUGGAAUCCUCAUGUGCUUCGGGGGGUGUGGGAUCGUGCUGGGACCACCUGUUGUUGGGUGGUUCUUCGACUGGACACAGUCGUAUGACCUGGCGUUCUACUUCAGCGGAGGCUGUGUGCUCCUUGGUGGGUUCCUGCUCUUCCUGUGUGUGUUGCCAUGCUGGGACAGGAAGAAGACAAACAACAACAGACCAGACAUCCAGUACACCAGCAAUUGUGACAGAGUCGCUUCUGUAGCUUGAGCACUAAUCUUCUUAGCUACUUCCUGGUACAAAUAUGUUCUGAUGAACCUAACAUACUCUGGAAAGAGUUUGCUCUGUGUGGCAGACAGAUUUCAUUUUGUUAAACCUGAGGGGAAACCUGGAAUUUGUGUUCCAUGCUGAAUACCUUUGAAAGAGUUCACAUGCAUGUGCAUGGGUGUGAGUUCAUAUGGAUUGCCUUAUUUUACAGGGCCUAUUCAACAACAUGAUUGAUGACAAGAUUAAUACAUUACGGUAUGUUUACUUCCAGAAACCAGUUGUGGACCUUCACUGGGUUCAAACUAAAAAUGUUCUUUGGCUGUGGUUGACCCUGUGGAGAUACAUAAACCAACCUGUGGAUAUGUUGGUUAUCACUGAAAACACUGUUUAGAUUGUUUUGUCUUUUUAAAACCAUAUUGCAAAACGGAGUUCCAAUUCCAAAGAUUAGCCCGGGAAACAAUACAGGGAUUCGAAAUGAGGGAAUGCACUUUAAAGUACCGUGUUGUGAGACGCACAAAAUCGUCUUUCUUUCUUGUUUUUUGUUCUGUUUUUAUUUAUUUAUUUUUCUUUAGAACUUCCCUGUGUUACCAAAGUGAGAUUAUGGUGGAUAUCUAUAAACAAGUAAUGCCUGAUGAAUAAUUCAAGCCUUGCUUCAAAAGAAUAACCAUAAAAUGCAUUUGUCAUGUACUGUACUUGUACUGUAUUUGGCUUUUAAUGUUUAAAAUGGUAUGUGCGUGUAUAGUCUGGUACAGUUCUGCCUUUAAACAGACUAAGAACAUAUGAAAAGGCCUUGAUACAGGAACAGAUGUGGACCAGUUGUCCGG